CUUGGCAUCCAGUUUAUAAUUACAUUUACUGACCGUGAAGCGUGUAUUCAUAAUGAGUUUCCAAGACAAAGUAGUGAUUGUGACCGGCGCCAGUUCUGGCAUUGGAGCAGCAACAGCCAUCAAAUUUGCAGAAGAAGGAGCUAAAGUAGCCUUAGUGGGCAGAAACCAAGAAAAACUGAACAAUGUCGCGAAAAAAUGCGGUAAUCCUGUAAUAAUCAUUGCUGACGUGUCCAAAGAUGAUGACGCCAAAAGAGUUAUCGAAGAUACCUUAAGAUAUUUAGGAAAGAUCGAUAUUUUGGUGAACAAUGCUGGUAUAGCUACACCAGUCAGCAUUCUGUCUGAGCAUGCAAUUAAAAUAUUUGAUCAAGUAAUGUCUACAAACCUGCACGGGCCUGUCUACUUGACACAUCUUGCUGCACCCCAUCUUGUGAAAACUAAAGGAAACAUCGUGAACGUCUCAAGUGUUGCUUCUUCUGUUAUUCUGGCUAAGGACUUCUUUGCGUACAGCGCAUCGAAGGCUGCACUCGAUCACUUCAGCAGAGCUGUUGCCCUUGAACUAGCCACAAGCGGUGUUCGCGUGAACGUGGUCAAUCCAGGACCUGUUCGAACGGAUAUAGUAGAAAACAUGGGGGCAACGAAGGAAGUCGCCGAUGCCACUUACAGCCAAAUGCACAACAUAACUCCACUUAAUAGAAUUUCGGAACCUGAGGAAGUAGCCGAUCUAAUUAUGUAUUUAGCCAGUGACAAAGCUCAGGCCAUGACUGGAACAACAGUUGUAACUGACAAUGGAAUGAUCUUGAAGAGUAAUAUCGUACCUCCACAAGAAUAACUGUCUAAGGACCUAUUUUACAAUAUCUGGAUAACCGUUAUCUACGUACCACAUAAAGAAUUAAGAACGUAACGUAGUUUUUAUGUUGUGAAGCAGGCGCUGAAUGUAUACCUUCUUCAUUUUACUUUCCUUUUUAAAAUAUGUAUUCUUCACAAAUAACCCACUAUGGACGUAAUUAUGUAUUAAGUGAAUAUUGUAAUUAAAUAAUGUUUUGCAUAUAAAUAAAAUAAUUUUA